AUGGAAAGCAAGAGUGGAGAAGGAAAGGUUGUAUGUGUAACAGGGGCAUCUGGUUUCAUAGCUUCAUGGCUGGUGAAGUUGUUGCUACAGCGUGGCUACAUUGUCAAUGCUACUGUUCGCAACCUCAAUUUAGACAAUGAAAAUUUGAUCAUUCUCUUACUGCUGACGACAUUCCUAAAGAUCAAACCCCCCUACAAAGGGCAAGUAGAUCUGGGGGAGGCUGCUGCCGAAGCUGGUAAAAGAACUGAGCCCGCCCCCGAGAGCGAAGCUCCAACGGUCACCGACCCGUCGCCCGUCUGUGAGAUUGCAGCAACUCCGGAGCCCCCUGCCUUUGCUGAAGCUGCCGAGGCUGCUCCAAGUUCUCCAACUCUGGCUUCAAGAUCGGAUGAGUUCGAGGACAUGUUCUCGGGCACUCCUCCCGCUACCGGUGAAGCUGCUGGAUUCGGACAUCUCCCGAUCCCUCGGGCCACGAGGGCGGCUAGCCAGACCUCCGAAUGUGGUGCCAGGGACGGCUUGAGUAUGAUGAUCGUCAACGAGGCUUUCGUCCAUGCCCAGCAAGAGGUGGACGACCUCAAGGGCCAGCUGGAUGCUCAAAGCCGAGAGACUGAGAAGUUUCUGCAUCUUCUGCGGGCGAAGGAGGAUGAGUUGAAUCAAGCAAUUACUCUUUCCAACCUCCGACCAGAGCUCGACGCAGCAAAGGCCGAAAAUCGUCAGUUAAAAGAGGAUACAAGUAAAGUGGCUCACCUGCUGGGCCUUGAUGGACCUAAUGAGAGGCUGCAUCUAUUCAAAGCUGAGUUACUUGAAGAGCAAUCAUUUGAUGCUGCCAUUGAUGGUUGUGAAGGUGUCUUUCAUACAGCCUCACCUGUUUCUCUUACAGCAAAAUCCAAGGAGGAACUUGUGGACCCUGCUGUGAAAGGGACGUUAAAUGUCCUUCAUUCAUGUGCCAAAUCACCAUCUGUCAGAAGAGUGGUGGUAACUGCUUCUACCUCUUCUGUUAUAUUCAAUAAGAAUAUGUCCACCCCUGGAGCUGUGGCUGAUGAAACUUGGUAUUCAGAUCCAGAAUUCUGCGAGGAAAGAAAGCAAUGGUAUCAACUCUCCAAAACCCUGGCUGAGGAAGCUGCUUGGAAAUUCGCAAAAGAGAAUGGGAUCGACUUGGUUACACUUCAUCCAGGUCUAGUCAUUGGUCCACUUCUGCAACCUACACUCAAUUUCUCUUGCGAGGCUGUAGUGAACUUCAUAACACAAGGAAAAGAAGCAUGGUCUGGUGGAAUAUAUAGAUUUGUCGAUGUUAGGGAUGUUGCUAAUGCACAUAUUCUAGCAUUUGAGGUUCCUUCAGCAAACGGAAGAUAUUGUUUAGUUGCUGUAAAUGGAUACUCGUCUUUGGUUUUGAAGAUUGUACAAAAGCUUUACCCUUCCAUCACUUUCCCUGAGAAUUUUGAAGAUGGAUUGCCUCUUACGCCACACUUCCAAGUAUCGAGUGAAAGAGCAAAAUGUUUAGGAGUCAAAUUCACAUCUCUCGAGUUGAGCGUGAAGGAUACUGUCGAAAGCUUGAUGGAGAAGAACUUCCUCCAUAUCUAAACAAUCAGUUGGUGAAAUACUUGCUGCUCUUGGAGUUUCCACACAUUUGUUAUAUGAGUUUAAGUUAAAUGCACCGUCAGUGUAAAAAAAUUUAGACCAUCAAGUUAUCUUUACCUGUAGCAGGUAAUAUAUUUUAUUUUCUCUGAUGUGUGUGAACUCCUGUUAUAUUUGGUGUCAAAGGAGCUACUGGCAGUUUAUUUCUCUGGUGCUAAAAGGAAGAAAUUUUCUACUUGAGAAAAUUGUCUGUGUUCCCCAAAUUAGAAAAAAAUUUGAUUUC